AUGGCGGCACUCAAGAACGCUCCCGCGCCAGCGGUCACGGUGCGCUCUUCAAAGGCCCUGGGCCUCAAGACUUGUAACCCAAUUCCUCCCGGCUUGCCUUCUCCCAAGGACGCUGCCGAAGCAGCAUCGCCAACUUCACCGACCCUCUCCCACACAGCUUCUGACGACAGUGCCAUCGCGGAUAUGCCUCCCGGCGGCAGACCAAGACAUAAUCCCCCGAAGCGGGAGGCUGACUUCAGCACUUUAUUGUCACCCCAGGAAAAGAACGACUUAACUUCACUCAUUACCAGAACCACCGAUGUCAUGCAGAAGCACUUUACCCAUGUUUACGACUCAGCCGGUCUGGUCGAUGACGCUCCCUCGGUUCGUAACAAGUUCUGGAGCGGACUUCCCGCCCACUUGCGUGAUUUCAGCAUCACCAAGCCUCUCCCUGUGGAGACGCAGCUCCAGAACCCCAAGAAGCGCACUAAGGGUAAGACCUCGAGGAGCCAAAAGGAAAAUGGAAACAUGGCUCGAGACACCAAAAACAGCACGGGUGCUGCACUGCAGCCAGCUAACCCAUCUAACCUGAAUAUCCAACGCGCCCCUGAACAGGACAAUGACAAGACAAUCGGGCCCUACCUUCAGGAAUUGAAGAAGGAAGCCAUGCUGCACUUCAAGAAAUGGCAGACAGCGGUACAUAAGAGAAUGGGUGACAUCUCUGUCAAGCGGGCUGGAGAUGCCAACUUCAACUCCACGUUGCCAAACAACAGACGAGGCAGGAACAGGCCUAACGGAGUUUCAACCUCCAACAUUGAGUCCGACCCUGUUCUGAUGCAGCUCUACCCGCCGAUCCCGUCGACGCUCUGCUACUGGCCUCUAGAGAGAAGAUUGCUGGUGCUUCACGCUCUGCUACUUCUCCUGCUCUCACUCGAGCAUUACAGCGCAUAUACUCGGGUGCUGCUGCUCCAUAUCACCUCUUCGCUAAACCUUCCUCUUCGCGUUCUCGUUGAUGACGAGGUCCGCGUUGCCAAGGCUAUUGCGUGGAUGGCCAAGGAUAUCAAUCCAGAGGAGCUGAUCCAAAAAAGAAUCGAGGAAUGUGCUGGGAAGCCAUCCAGGAGAUGGAGGCACGGAUUGGCAAGUAUGGCUGGAAUUAGCAGCUUUGGGAUACCUGGCCAUCUCGCUCCGCCCCUUGUGGCUGCAGGAAUCGGAUCUGUCAAUGGAGGUUUCGGGCUUGGACCUACUGCUUCCGCCGGCAUAUUAGGUUCGACGGGCGAGAGUGCUUUUGUUGUCGGCGCUUUGCUCGGUAUCUACAACGCCAGAACCUCGGUCAAGUUGAUGGAGCAGUGUACCAAGGAGAUACAGGACUUCGCUUUCAUCCCCAUGCGCGGCUCUAUUGGCGAAGAUGGCGAGAUUGGCAAGAUCCAGCCAGAUGCCCGUCGUCUCCGAGUUGUGCUGGCCAUUAGUGGAUGGCUGACCGACGAGUCGGACGUCACUAACCCCUGGAGGGCUUUAGGACAGGCGAACGAGGUAUACGCUGUGCGAUGGGAAGUGGACUCGCUCUCGAAGAUGGGUACAGCUUUGGAGACUGUCGUAAGGAGCUCGGCAUGGUCCAUGGCAAAGAAGGAAAUCAUUGCUCGGACCAGUGAGCCUCCUUUCAAUAUCCCAAAGUGUAACCUCUCGAGACGCGCUAACAAACAUGGUCCAGUUUUCACCAGCAUGACGGAAUCCCUUUGGCCACUCGGCUUGCUCAAGAUCAACAAAAUUAUCGAUAAUCCCUGGAGCGUCGGCAUGGUCCGCGCUGACAAGGCCGGAGCUCUUCUCGCCGACGCCAUCAUGAACAAAGCCCACGGAGAGCGUGGAGUGACGCUGAUCGGUUACAGUCUCGGCGCCCGUGCGAUCUAUGUCUGUUUAAUGGUCUUGGCGGAGCGCAGAGCUUUCGGUCUUGUCGAGAACGCCGUCAUGAUGGGUACGCCCGCACCCUCGGAAGCCCGCGUCUGGUGUACCAUGAGGAGCGUGGUCUCUGGCCGGCUUGUCAAUGUCUUUUCAGAGAACGAUUACCUGUUGGGCUUCUUGUAUCGGACGAGCAGCAUCCAGUUUGGCGUUGCAGGUUUGCAGCGGAUCGAGGGUAUCGAUGGUGUCGAGAAUGUUGAUGUCUCUGCUAAGAUCAGUGGACAUCUCCGAUACCAGUACCUCGCCGGUAGCAUCCUAAAGCACAUCAACUGGGAGGACAUCAACCAAGAGCAGGUUAGCCGAGAUGAGGCAGCCAUGGUAGCCGCAGAAGAAAGGGUGCGAGAGCGUGAGAAGAAGCGAGACGCCGUCGAGCGUGGAAUUGUGGUGAUAGACAAGGCGAAGGAAGCUGCGAAAAAUGAUCCGGGUAUUAUCAGGACCCGGAUGAGGAAGAAGAACAAGAGGUGA